UAAUGCUAGAUGGCUAGGCGUCGCUGGCGCGCAACCUGCAAUUAUCAAUCACUAAUUUGCAGAAUUCUUUGCCGUAUAAAGAAAAUUUAUAUCUGUCAAUAUUGAGGGGUUAACUAUUCGGAGAUAUACCACCACAUAUAACUAUUCUUCGAUAAGCGUGAAGAGAUAGUUGAUUCUCAAGAUAGCGCUCGCGGUUAGGAGUGGUUGAGCUGCUUGAUCUGUCAUAAUCCAUAAGCUCACCAACGGUGCGAGACAAUCUUCGCGGAGUCAAGUGACCAAGUUGUAGUACGUCAAUUAGAACGACUGCAGUAAUCGGGAGUAAACUCCAAUAUAAUAACUCUCAGUAAUUGCCUAAAAAAUGAUUGGAAAUUAUUCGGACACGUAACCUGUGUAACCACGUAACAUCCCGACCGGGUUUCGGAAAAAUUUAAAUAACAUGACUAUGUGUAUACGAAUUACGCAUUGGACGGAGGCACGUAAAUAUCUACGCAUCCGUACGUACUGAUACGUAUACAAAUAUGGAUGUAGAAUAUGUGUAUACAUAUAAGUGACAGGCAGCGGACGUGCUUACAUUGGGUAGUCCUGUUUCAAAGAUGAUGUGAAUACUGUAAUUCCUGAACAACAUUUUCACUUUUUUUUAUACCUCGUACUGCCCAUAAACCCCAUAAAAAUGGUACAUCCUGAGUUGGCUGAGGUUGCAUGGUACUACCACUAUUACUGGGUCAUAUCAGUCGGAGGCCUGCUGUCUCUCAUCGGAUAUUUGGCUAGCUGUAUGUGUGGUUGUCGCCGAAACGAAAACAAGAGCGAGCUCGGGGGGCUUGCGGGUAUGGUAACAAUCACCCACCCUGACAAUGAAGGUUUCGACAGACUGCCAACCUCAGACAGCAUACAUCCGCUAUCACAGGAUACAACAGAUGCUGGAAAAAGGACUAGCACAGCAAAUAGAAGUUUACCAGAUAUUCCAAAAGAUGGAAGUACGAUUGGAAAUGGUCCAGUGGAAACCUUGCCUCAGGAUAUUAUCUAUGAAGCCAAUGAAGUUAUUGGCGAUCCUUCCGAGCUCUAUGCCACUGUAGAAGAAAAAAAUUCAAGGCAAUCUGCUGCCAGAAACACAGAAAGAGAGCUCGAAAGUAUUUCUAAGCAAAGUAGUCGCAAUCAGCCAGAAUCUGUGUCGCCAUAUGCGACGGUCAAGAAUCCAGGCGCUAAGAAUGUUGAACAUCCUUAUGCACAAGUGCAGAAUAUACAAAAGACUGAAGCCAUGCAACAAAAUAGGAAUAACGUUGGCCAUUUAGUAGAUACUAGUCUUCCAUCGUCGUCGUCAUCAUCAUGUAAUCCCACCAGUGCCAAUCCAGUUGCUCCACCUAGAGCUCGGAAACCGUCUUCUCAUAAUUCUUCGGUAUCAUCGAUUGCCUUACCUGAUAUUCAAGCUGCAAAUGCAAUCAAUGGUGGAGUCCAAGCCAAUCAAGAUUUACCUUAUAUGACCCCACCUAUUCUGAUGCCUCUCCCUGAACCACCACAAUUGAGUCAUCAUGACGGAGGACAGCAGCAUUUUAGUGGCGAUUCUCAUGAUUCCAAAGGUUACACAAGCAUAAGUGUGAGAGAACCUCUGGCGAAUAUAAUAGCACAAACAAAAGCUGCCCAGCAGCAGCAGCAGCAGCAGCAGCACCAACAACGCACGCUGAUUGAUCCUCAUUAUGCCACAGUUUCCGAUGAUUCAGAUGAAAUGUAUGCAGCCAUUGACGAACAAGAUAAAUUAUACACGAGUGGUAGUGAAACCUAUGCACAAAUACAACCAAUGCCACCAGACCCACUCAGAGUCCAGCCAAAUGAACAAAUCCAUUCUACACAGCUGAUACAUACUGAUGAUCCUCAUUCUUCAGCCCCUCAACCACCUAGCGUUGAUAGUCUAAGGCAUGUGGCUCAUGCUCACUCUAGACAAGCAUCCUCAUCUAGUGCAACCAGCUCAGUAGCUAAUCUCGGCUCUCCAAAACCCGAAAAACGUCAGGCUAAUUCACCACUACCACCACCCCCAGAAUCGCUGUCUGAUGUUUACGCCUCUAUUGAUAAACGGAGCAGCAAAGACGAGCGGUUGAGAGCUGGUGUCUCCUCAGGAAGAUCUUUGGAAGACAUGUAUGCUAAGGUGGUCAAAAAGAAACGAGAGUUUGACGACGAACAAUUAGACCUACUUGCAGCAAGUAACAGCAUUCAUCACACAGAAAUACCACCUGCAAAUAGAAAGCAUAGCCUUGUAGAAGCAAGCCGUGCAUCGUGGUCUAGUCACGAUUCUAUUGAAAUGCACAAAAAGGAAUUGGAAUUAUUACACUUCAGUGUAGGAAAUACUGGCGUUAGUUUCCAAAAUGAAACUGACAGCAGCAGUUCGAGAAUUUCUCUAAAGCAGAAUGAUAUUUCCACGGGAAAUUCUAGUUCAGACCCAGGCUAUGAGGCUGUUAGUGUCAACCGCAAAUGUGACAGCUCUAUGGCUAGAACUUUGUCCUGUAGUGACCCGAACUAUGAAGUGUUGCGUCCACAAUUUUUGCGCGACAAUGAUUAUCAACACAAUUCAGUAACCCAGAGAAAUGGUAUUGAGGUACCUCCAAUGUAUUCUUUGCCAUUUAAACAUAGGCAAAUCAGUAACGCCAGUAGCGAGGACCCUGGUUACGAAAGAGUUAGGAUGCGAAGAAGGACUGAAGUGGACCAAGAUACGGAUUCUGAACCAAAUUAUGAGAGUAUGCCUCAUGAUUGUAGCGAACCGAAUUACGCCUCUGUGUGUCGUCCUGGUGACAGCGAUACUGACCCCAAUUAUGAAUCCGUUAGUCAAAGUGAUCCAAAUUAUGAAAGUGUUAAGUACAUGACUGUAACUCAGAAUGAAGAUCCACCUUAUGAACAAGUAUUGAACAAUUACAAAGGUAAUAGCAACACGAAUGAUAGUGAAAUGGCCAGCAGUAAAAACGAUAGUGAUCCAAACUAUGAAAAGAUACAAAUGAACCAUUCUGCAGACCAAGCGCAUGAUGGUGAUACUGACGAUGAACAAUAUGUUCAAACUUAUGCUUUGACGUGUAUCUUACCACUUGUUAGUUCUAUGCAGGUCCAUGUUCACUCCAUCGACAAAUCUGUUAGAUAUCAAUUGAAUUGGCCCAGCAAGUAUACAGCCAAUUCGAAAAAUCUCACUGGUAUCCCAUUGCUACAGUCUGUGAAUCAAGUCCCGGCGGGCCUAGCAUGGGCCACUAUGAAUCCACCUGCGGUCAGCAAGUCCAGCACUCGUGGCUCUGGAUACCAUCAGAAGGCGCUAGCUGAAAUCCGCAAUUCCUUGCUUCCUUUUGCAAACAUCGGAGGGACUGGUGAGGUAGGCUCUAGUGCAGCCAGUACAAUAUCUACACUUUCUACGACAAGUGGUGUCAGUUCAGCAUCCGGACUUAGUGGGUUAUCAGCUGCUUCAGGAUCCACGUUGGACAAACCUGACCAGAGGCAGGCGCUAUCGCAACUCGCAGCUAUGGGAUAUUCUGAGGACACAGGAUUACGUGCUUUGAAACUAGCAGGCUGGCGACUUGAUGCAGCCAUUGAAUUUUUGAAGCAAGCCCAAGGAGAAUCUCUCAAUGGACUAGCCAAACUCAAUACUAAACUCAUCAGGAAGCCAAGCUUAGAACGUGAAUUGAGCCUGCAGCGAGGAAGUCCUGCCCUAGACAGUGGUGCCGGCAGUUCUCGCUCAGACAGUCCCAGACUGACAGAGCUCAGUCCGCACCCUCAGCUGAGUAGACAAUAUUCGCCAAGUAAUUUUUCUGAAAGAGAACCACCACCACCACCCCCGCCGAGAUGCAGCUCCACACCUCCCCCACCUCCUCCCCCGCAUGCCCCGUACAGUCAAUCAAAUGUCCCUACGAACAUGCAACAAAUGCUCAAACGUAUGUCUCCUGCACCUGUUGUGCCAUCUCGGCCACCUCCAGCUGUGCCUGGGACCUCUGGCUCUGUCUCAGCAUCCGUAAAUCAACCACAACGAGGCACCAGUCCUGUUGCUGCUUCAAACAACAGUUCAAGUGGUCGCCAACCAAUGAUCGUUCAAAAUGGACCUCAAGUUCAGCAACAACUUUCCCAACAAAUGCAGGCAUUGAGUAUGUAUCAAUCUGGUAGUGGAGGCGCCAGCUCUCAGGUUGAGCCCCCUCCUCCAUAUCCCAUUGUCCCAUCUUCUUCGGCUGGCCCGGUUCAACCCCCUUCAUACAGUGCCUCAAUACAAAAUCGGCAAAGUCCAACACAGUCCCAACAAGAUUAUAGGAAGAGUCCAUCUUCAGGGAUAUAUUCUGGACCAACUUCCGCAGGCUCGCCAAGUCCUAUUACAGUAUCGACAGUCUCGCCGAACACUCAAAAUUCUAUGGCUAGACCGACACCUCUUCAAGCUUGGGGUGCACGUCAGGCGAAAACUCAACCUCCAAUCAUCAUGCAGUCGGUCAAAAGUACUCAAGUGCAGAAACCGAUUCUACAAACAGCUAUAGCCCCAACUUCUCCGCAACCAAUUUCUACAACGAGUAAUACCCCUCCUCCUCCUCCAUCAUACGCUUCGUCCAUACAGCAGAAGCAACUCCAACAACCUCCACCCGCCUAUCCACCUGUUGUCAAUAACGUUUGUCCAACACCUGCUACUUCUAUGAGUGUUGUAGUGCCAGUUGGUGUUCCAACAACAGAGCCCCCUAGUUAUGCUACCACCAUGCAGGCUCUGGCUGCCCAACGUGGGAUGCAUCAUCCUCUACCUCCUCCACCCUAUGGAACCCUGGCUGAUGAUACACUAGGAAUUUCAACGGUGGAAAGUGGAUCGGUACCUCGUUCAUCUCCCAUCGCUCACCAUCCGCCACUUCAGAGGAAAUUUUCACCCGCAGAGAGUAGUCAACACCCAACAGAGACACCACCUCUUCCACCUACUGCUUCGUCCUCGGUUUCGGUGCGCAAUAACAAUAACCAUCCAUCUCUUCCAAAUGGAAGCGGUGCCAAGGGUGGACCAUCUCCAUCCUCCUAUAAAAUCAAACACCAGUCGCCUAUACCAGAGCGGAAACACAUGAGCAAAGAGAAAGAAGAAGAACGAAGAGAUUGUAAAGUACGUAACUAUUCUCCACAAGCGUUCAAAUUUUUCAUGGAACAGCAUGUAGAGAAUGUACUCAAAUCUCACAAACAAAGACUUUACCGUCGUCUCCAAUUAGAAACGGAGAUGUCCAAGAUAGGCCUAAGUGCUGAGGCCCAGUGCCAGAUGCGAAAAAUGCUUUCCCAAAAAGAGUCAAACUACAUUAGACUCAAGAGAGCCAAAAUGGAUAAAUCCAUGUUCACCAAGAUAAAACCUAUAGGUGUUGGAGCCUUUGGUGAGGUGACAUUGGUCCGGAAACUUGAUACAAAUCAGUUUUACGCCAUGAAAACUUUAAGAAAGUCAGAUGUCCUUAAUCGAAAUCAAGUUGCUCAUGUAAAAGCCGAGCGCGAUAUAUUAGCUGAAGCUGAUAAUGAAUGGGUAGUCAAGUUGUACUAUUCCUUCCAGGAUAAAGACAAUCUAUAUUUUGUUAUGGAUUAUAUACCUGGUGGAGAUUUGAUGUCGCUUUUGAUAAAGCUUGGCAUAUUUGAAGAGCCGCUAGCAAGAUUCUACAUAGCAGAGUUGACUUGCGCCGUGGAAAGUGUACAUAAAAUGGGAUUUAUUCAUAGAGAUAUCAAGCCGGAUAAUAUUCUCAUAGAUCGAGAUGGUCACAUAAAGCUUACAGAUUUUGGCCUAUGUACAGGAUUCCGUUGGACCCACAACUCUAAAUAUUAUCAGCAAAAUGGUCAUGGCAAGCAAGAUUCGAUGGAUCCAACAGAUGACUGGAAUAACGAAUGCAGAUGUAACCAACUAAAGCCACUCGAGCGGCGAAGGCGUAGAGAACACCAAAGAUGUCUAGCACAUUCUUUAGUUGGUACACCGAAUUAUAUUGCACCUGAAGUUUUACAGCGAACUGGUUAUACUCAAUUAUGCGAUUGGUGGAGCGUUGGGGUAAUACUCUAUGAGAUGUUAGUGGGUCAUCCACCAUUCUUGGCUAACAGUCCAGCAGAGACGCAACACAAGGUCAUAAAUUGGGAAACUACAUUGGACAUCCCAAAAGAAGCAAAUUUGUCACCAGAUGGUAUGGAUUUGAUUUUAAAACUCUGUGUCGGAGCAGAUCGACGCUUGGGUAAAAAUGCAGAUGAGGUCAAAAGUCAUCCAUUCUUUUCUAACAUAGAUUUUGAUAAAGGUUUGCGUCGUCAAGUAGCACCUCAUAUACCUCGUAUACAAUAUCCGACUGACACAAGUAACUUUGAUCCUGUGGAUCCUGAUAAAUUACGAAAUUCUGGAUCGUCUGAUUCCAAUAAAUCUGACGAGAUGUUGGACAACGGAAAACAAUUUCAUGGGUUCUUUGAGUUUACGUUCCGACGUUUCUUCGAUGAUGGCGGGGGGCCUGCAUAUCCUAGCCGAAUCAGUUUGGAUGAUAAUGAUAAUCAAGGUCCGGUAUAUGUAUGACAUUAGCUUUUUUAUAUGGUAAUAUCAUAGCAUUUACCUAUACCUCCACAAUUUGUCCAAGUAUUAUUUAAAACGAAUCCCAUUUUGUUCACUUACAACUCAAAUAAGGUGUCGAGUCGAUGGUGUCUAUCAUAACAUUCUUAUUUUCUUCGUGAGAUAAUAAUAAUAAUGAUAAUAAUGAUGAUAAUAAUAGACACGAAAUUAAUGCGAGAGACACAGUGAAUUUGAUUGGAACUUUAACUUGUGAGUGAAUAACAAUUAAAGCGACCUGAACGGGAAAAUUCUAUUGAGCGGGCAAUGGCAGAAAUGAGCAUUUGAGGGAGAGAGGCAUAGAGGUGACUCAUGGUUGGGUAACGUACUAUCAUAAACUAUAUUUUGCAGAUAUUUUGCUUGCCAUUUUCAUUCAUUAAGAUCAACCCUUACAUCGGAAAGUACGUGUUUAGUACGAUUCAGCAAGUACUGUGAUAUUGCAGAUUACUAGUUUAACAUGGCUUAAAUGUAUGUAUAACUGAAGAGUCCUGUUUAACGUUUUUUUUUUUUUAUCAAUAAACAAUACUGCUAUUUUAAUGUAAUUAUUAAGUAAUUUUUGUGAAUGGAUGUAACGUGUUCAUUGGGGAUUAUGCAGUUUCGGUUUCGAAAAUCUUGUCAAUAAAUACUUUUGCCGCGGAACAAUGCCUGAUACAAAGCCAUGCAACGUUAUACCUAUACAAAUGUUUUCUCAUUUCAAAAUGCUCCCACACUACGUGUGAAACGAAAAUAGCAACCUCUAUGCGUAAAUUAGAUCCUUGAUAUUUUCGUUCGUUUCUUCAGAGAAAACUAUCUUGAGAUCAAAAAUCACUCGCACAGUUCCCUCUGUAUCCCUGCAAAAUAUUAGUGGAUAGAUUCUAUUCUUCACACACAGCAUUUGGAUCUUGUCACUGGAAUGUUAAGAAUUGCCGCAUAAUUGAUAAAAUAUGAUAAUGUAUGUACUAUGUACAAAAAACAAAAAGAGAAACAGGAAAAAAUAAGUAAAUAAUUAUAUACAUAUCUCAACCAGAAGCACCAUAAAUAAGAUUCCUGUAAUUCAUCUAGAGAUGAUUAUAAGCUCAUAUUCCGCAGUUGCCUUUGACUUAAUAUCACUUUUAGCUAUGAAAAAUAACACACAAUUACAAGUAAACUUAGAGGACUUUUUAACUAUGUGUCAUUCCUCAUAGCUAAAGAUUUAUGGGACAUAUUCCUUAUAUAUGGGCCAAAGUCUUCUGGAUUCUACCAAUAGAUCAUCGUGAUCAGUAGAAUUACAUCUUCAUAUAAGGAUAACUUUUGCAACCACAGUUAUACACAGCAGUCUUAAGUUUUUCAAAUUCAAUUGAUAUGAUUGACAUUACUCAACUGGAACAGAUGGUUCGUUUUUGAACUAACUAGAUGGUUGCUGGAACAAGAUACAAACUAUUAUACCAUAAAUGUGUCUUAUACAAGUUGUAUGUGAACCUAGAAAAAGUUACAAAGUUUCACCUCUGAGAAGCAUUUUCAUUACGUCACUUCAUGCAAUGUAGCUUAAAACUUUUCCUUUACCUCUGAUUGUGAUUUGCCUUCAGUGUUGUAUUCUCGAAAUUAUGCUUCAGAAGCUGUUAACUGAUGGUUUUUAUGACUGCACUAUAGACGCGACAAUACUGAUAACCCUAAUCAUAUCGUGGCAAUGUGCCUUGUAUUUUGGAGAGAAAAAAGAAUAUUCAAUGUAUGAGUACUUGUUCAAUGUGUAAGUACUUAUUCAAUGAAUAAGUGUAUAGCGUACAGUCGAGAUUACAGAUAUUAAACUUUGGAGAAUCAAUGCAGAAUCGCGAUGAGCGCACAUGCAUCUAACCACAUGGAACUAUUAAUUAUUAAUGUUACUUAUAAUACGACACAGAUCUGUUUCUAUUAUACUUGUACACUUAUAUGAGUAUAUUAUAUACGAAAUAUAUAUAUUCAUAUACAUGUAUAUAUAUAUAUUUAGAUAUAUUUUUACAUAUACUGAUUUCAAUCUUCUUGUACAUUUUGUAAUAUCUCUUUCCCCUUUGUAAUUAUACUACAAACGUACGAAAAUAUUAACUAGGCUUUUAAGGCAGUAUAACAUGUGAAACUUGUUUGUUGUACAUAUUUCGGAUGAGUGUUCUAAAUUAAAAAUAUGUUUAACA